CAUAGAGCGCAUGCUUGGCGGGAACCGUCAUUUCAAAAAGACAACACGAGGCGUAACAUACGAUAGACUGCAAGAUCAUGCCUGGUAGAGGGAAAAAAAGGUCCAGAGAGUCGGAAGGAAGCGUAAAUGGAGAAACAAAGAGACACAAAAUAGGCCACAGUUCACAUCAGAGUGAAGAAGGAGUGGUGUUGGUCCUUGGUGAGGGAGAUGUAGGUCAGCUGGGGCUUGGUGAAGAUGUGUUGGAGAGAAGCAGACCAACCCUCGUGUCAAGUGUGGAUGAAAAAGUCAUUCAAGUUGUGUGUGGUGGAAUGCACACAGUUUGUGUUACUGUCAAAGGGGAGGUAAUAACAUUUGGCUGUAAUGAUGAAGGUUCCUUGGGUAGAGAUACAUCAGAGGAGGGGUCAGAGAUGUCACCAGGAAAAGUUCCGCUAGGGGCCAAAGUGGUCCAAGUCAGCGCUGGAGACAGUCACACUGCUGCUCUAACUGAUGAUGGACGACUGUAUAUAUGGGGGAACUUCAGGGAUUGUAACGGCUCUAUAGGGCUGAUACCUGGUGGCUUACAGAAGGUCCCUGUGGAGGUGUUGCACAACGAAACCAUAGUAAAAGUCACCUCUGGUGGAGAUCACCUUGUGUGUCUGACAGAUAAAGGAGAAAUUUACACCUGGGGCUGUGCUGAACAAGGACAGCUAGGAAGAGUGGCAGAAUGUUUUACCACCAGAGGAGGCAGAAAGGGCUUAAGUUUUAUUUUGACUCCUACCAAAGUGAAGUGUAGGCGGCGGAAGACAGUUUUUAGUGAUGUGUGGGCAGGCCAGUUUGCAACAUAUGCCAUGGAAGUAGGCUCUGGGGAGGUGUUCUCCUGGGGACUCGACAAUUAUUUCCAACUAGGAUUUAGUGACAUGAAGAAUCGCUUUGUACCUGAAAGAGUUGGUUCAUUCUCUGGCAACAAGUGGCAAAAGUUGGAUGGUGGCCAACAUCACACAAUUGCUAUGGACACAAAUGGUAAAGUGUAUACUCUGGGCAGAUCAGAGUACGGGCGUCUCGGACUAGGGGAGGAUGUCACCACGGAGAAGUCGGAACCUACAUUGGUGCCAGGGGUCCCAGAGGCCUGUAUGGAUGUGGCUGCUGGGCAAUCUGUUUCCUUUGCUCUAACAAAAUCAGGAACUGUGUAUAGCUGGGGUAUGGGGACGAGUCAGCAGCUUGGGACAGGCAAUGACGAAGAUGCAUGGGUGCCUACCAAAAUGGGUGGAAAGCAGCUUGAAAACAGGUCAGUGAUAAUGGUUUCGUCUGGAGGACAACAUACUGCCCUACUGGCAAAGGACAGGCCGACAUCCUGAAUAAACAGGGAGAGCAGAGAAAAUCCUGUCUUUGUACUAUUGAUGUGAUUCAGGAGUCGAUCUACAAUGAAUUCUUACCGAGGCCAAAAUAUGUGAUGUAACAUUUCCCCCAGUUAUGGCUCCUAAACUUGUGGAGGAAGGCUGCUACCGAGACGACCAUUCACCAUGUUGAUCAUGUUCUGGACCCUGUUGUAUUCUGCUUUCUGUCAUCUGGUAUGGCUUGUGUGUCGAGACUGUUACAUCAGCUCCUCGUGAUGCAAUGGAUUCAGAGUUAAUCGUGAUAUACUGUGAUGAAAUAGAUUCGUGAACUCGGAUUGAAAAGCCAAGUAGAUCUCUCAUUUGUGAUUGAAUAUUUAUUUUUUCCCCAAAAAAACCCACAUUCUGUCAAGAUUUAAUGUUUGUAGAGUAAAGUAAAAAGUCGUGAGGAGUUACUUAAAAAUAAAUAUGUAACAAUCAUUUGAAGUACAUAGUGUAUAUUUCACAUCGACACAGAUCAUCAGAUGACAUUUGUCAUUUUAAUAUAAUUUUCAUCUUUUUUUUUUACCAAUGUCAAACGGCCAUUGUAAUCAUAUAAACCGCUGUCAAUUCAUUCUUCUUUAUCUGUACCACUAUCAAGUCAUUGUUAUCGUCAUUAUCACUGUCGAGUCAUUGUUAUUGUCAUUAUCACUGUCAAGUCAUUCAUCUUUAUCAAAUGUACCACUAUCGAGUCAUUGUUAUCAUCUAUACCACUGUCAAUUCAUUCUAUGUAUCAUCAGUACCACUAUCGAGUCAUUGUUAUCAUCAUUAUCACUGUCAAUUCAUUCUUCGUUAUCAUCUGUACCACUAUCAAUUCAUUGUUAUCAUUAUCACUGUCAAUUCAUUCUUCGUUAUCAUCAGUACCACUAUCGAGUCAUUGUUAUCAUCAUUAUCACUGUCAAUUCAUUCUUCGUUAUCAUCUGUACCACUAUAGAGUCAUUGUUAUUGUCAUUAUCACUGUUAAUUCAUUCUUCGUUAUCAUCUGUACCACUAUCAAUUAAUUGUUAUCAUCAUUACCACUGUCAAUUCAUUCUUUGUUAUCAUCUGUACCAUUAUCGAGUCAUUGUUAUC